AAGAGGAGGGAGCGCCGGCGUCGCGCGCGCUAGGGCGAAGGAGCGAGGCAGCUGUGCGGGGUGGGCGGCCUCUCCGCCUCCCUCGGCCUCCCCACCAGGCGGACGAGCGACGGGUGCAGCGUCUCGGUGACAAGGUUGUGGCGGAGGAUUCGCCACACGGGCCCGUGAUGGUGUAGCCGUUCUCGCCAAGGAGCGAGCGUGCCACCUCCAGGCGGUCAGCAAGAGCGGCGCCGCGCUCCACUAGGGCCGCGUGCGCGACGCGGCGGUCGGACACGAAGGAGGAGGGCGACGAGGCCGCGUCUGAGAUGGCGGCGAAGCGGCGCCGUAGACAGCCAUCGCCAUCGCCAUCCAUCGCUGCCACCCGCACCACCGCCAUCGCUAUCGCGACCACCGCCGCUUGCUUUGCUGUUUUUUUGGGGGAAAGAUAGAGAGGGAGAAGAGGGCUGACAAGUGGGCCAUACAUUUUUUUUAUUUUUUCCUAAUCAAUUGCAUGUGGGCAGUGGGCCUCAUCUGUAUUUUGGUGACUAGGCUGACAUGUUAGCAUAAUGGACCAAGUCAGCAUGCCACGUCAGCAAAACCAGCCUCCGAAACCACCGAGGGAAUCAAACUGCACUGGUUUUAAUAGUAUGGGGAGUUGUUCUAUCUGGUUUUCAGAUUGAGUGGUAUGAAUUAAAUUCGAUGAAUAAUUAAAAGAGCCAAAGUGGACUUUUUCCUGGUCCAAUCCAAAGGACUUUCUGAGCUCCCGCACGGUACACGUCCCUCCGUUAGCAUCAUCUCCCAAGCCGUCAUUCGGUCCGCGGUGCGCCGGUGUGUAAGGACGUCGCCUCACCUACUAAGCUCUCAGUGUACGGGUCGGACUUGUACGACUUUGGUUGAAGAAUUUCACUCAAUCCGCGGGUUGUACUCGUACGACUUCCGCCAUAUGUUUGAAAAAUUUCACUAGUUUGAUAUCAGGGUUCACCAAAAUGUUUCGGGUGAGGGUGGGGUUUUAUCGCGGUAACCGCAAGAUUACUGGGAAAGUCAUAUGGUUACCGAGGUUUCAAGAACUAAAAAAGUUAUUGUACAUGAUAACUGUAAUAAUCAUGUGUUUUUUCUAAUCCUGUUCCACACUUGAUCUUAGAGCUGAAAGAAAUGCGCUAGAGUACACUGGCCAUGGUAAGUUGGUAACGAUCGUCGCACAGAGUGUUGCAAGGGGAGCCGAGGACGACUCACUGCGAUGUAGUUUCUGUCAUUCCGUUGAUACUGCACAAAGUCACUGAUACGAGUGAGAAUCAUGUUAAUCAUCCGGAACUGAACUCCAAGCAAAUCUGUUUCUUUAUAAAUUAUGGUCAAAUGAAAAGCUUAUGACGAUGGGAUGAUUAUUGAUUAACAUGAUUCGUCGUAGGUGUUCAAGUACGCUGAAUAGAUAUCGGCAUGAACACACGUUUCUCCUGGCCAAGAAAUGCCGCCAUAAACAACUCUGCGCGGCAGCGCCAUGUGUUACAACUUACAGUACACCGGCUAUCUCGUACUAAAACCGCUGGUUUCAGGGAGCAAAUUGGGGCUUUGCUCGUAAACCAUGCAUACAAGUCAAUCAGCAUCCAUUUUGGCUGGUAGGACCUCAUCAUUCGGUAACACCAAGCCACUGAAAGACGAGCACGGCUAGAGCCCCAAAGCUUCACUUUACCACAAAAGCACGCCCCCUCUUUCCCCGUUCUCCAGAUUCCGUUCAAUCGAUGGGCGCACAAGCGAAGUGCUUACCCUUUUCGACGCCGAAAACCCCAUGAUCCUCUCUCAAAGUCCUCGCAAAGCUUCGCAUGCUAAAAUGUCCUUGUGGAUCCUCACGCGCCAAAUGCCCGGAAUUCUCCGAGAAUUCCGUCCAUGGCGCACAUGACACGCUGGGCCGACGACGUUGACCCCAGAUGUUAGCGGCAGAACGGCACGAGACCACGAGUCUCUCGUCAAGACACGUACCGCAUCUGGAUAAUGCCACCGGCAAGACGCUCAAGCGCCCCACCCACCCAUCCGGAUCGAUCUGCGGCCCCGUCCGUCCCGCCGCACGUACGGGUGCGCGCACGGCAGCUACACCAACACCGCCGACGACCCACGCACUCACUGACGAUGCAAUGCGGCCAUAUGCUACGGCAUGAGGGAGCCGGGCAAGUAUACGUGACGAGACAUUACUGCUGUGUCGCGAGGCCCACGCCCACGAACGAGGCGCGUAGCACGGCGCAAAGGCAUCAAACCAACCUGCCCACUCUUUCAUCCGCUAUAACUGCAGCGCACUACCCCCCCGCUUCCACCGCUCCACGACACCGUCACUCUCGCCGAGCAAUCCAAUGGCCGCUGCUCCCCACUGCCUCCUGCUCCUCCUCGUGCUGAUCCCGACGCUGUUGCGAGGCGUCGUCGGCGGGAGCGGCGCCGGUGGCGAGGCGAGGAAGACGUACAUCUUCCGCGUCGACCACAGCGCCAAGCCGUCGGUGUUCCCCAGCCACGCGCACUGGUACUCCUCCGCCGCCUUCGCCUCCGGUGCCGACGGGGCCCCGCUCGAGCCGCUCCAUGUCUACGACACCGUCUUCCACGGCUUCGCGGCUUCGGUUCCGGCUUCCCGCGCCGACGCGCUGCGGCGCCACCCGGCCGUCCUCGCGGCGUUCGAGGACCAGGUCCGGACGCUGCACACCACCAGGUCGCCGCAGUUCCUGGGCCUCCGCGCUCGGCUUGGGCUUUGGUCCCUCGCGGACUACGGCUCGGAUGUUGUCGUUGGGGUGCUCGACACCGGCGUGUGGCCCGAGCGCCGGAGCUUGUCUGAUAGGAACCUCCCACCCGUCCCCUCCCGGUGGCGUGGCGGCUGCGACGCGGGUCCUGGGUUCCCGGCGUCGUCCUGCAACAGGAAGCUCGUCGGUGCGCGAUUCUUCUCGCAGGGCCACGCGGCGCACUACGGCCUUGCGGCCACGGCGUCCAACGGGUCGGUGGAGUUUAUGUCGCCGCGCGACGCCGAUGGGCACGGGACGCACACUGCCACGACGGCGGCCGGCAGCGUCGCCUACGAUGCGAGCAUGGAGGGGUACGCGCCCGGGGUCGCCAAGGGCGUCGCGCCCAAGGCCAGGGUGGCCGCGUACAAGGUUUGCUGGAAGGGAGCUGGCUGCCUCGACUCCGACAUCCUUGCCGGAUUCGACCGCGCCGUUGCAGACGGCGUGGACGUCAUCUCUGUCUCCAUAGGCGGUGGCAAUGGCGUCGCGUCGCCAUUCUACCUCGACCCAAUCGCGAUCGGCGCGUACGGCGCCGUGUCGCGGGGAGUAUUCGUGGCCACCUCCGCCGGCAACGAGGGGCCGACUGCCAUGUCAGUGACCAACCUUGCGCCAUGGCUCGCCACCGUGGGCGCCGGUACCAUCGACCGUAAUUUCCCUGCCGAAAUCGUGCUCGGCGACGGAAGGCGCAUGUCAGGGGUGUCUCUGUAUUCUGGCAAGCCGCUGACGAACACCAUGUUGCCAUUGUUCUACCCCGGGAGAUCAGGUGGGCUGUCAGCUUCCUUGUGCAUGGAGAACUCCAUCGACCCCUCUGUGGUGUCCGGUAAGAUUGUCAUCUGCGACCGCGGCAGCAGCCCACGCGUGGCGAAGGGGAUGGUUGUGAAGGACGCUGGUGGCGUGGCAAUGGUCCUCGCGAACGGAGCGGCCAACGGCGAAGGCCUUGUUGGAGACGCCCAUGUCCUUCCUGCUUGCUCGGUGGGCGAGAACGAGGGAGACACGCUCAAAGCAUAUGCUGCCAACACCACCAACCCAACCGCAACAAUCAACUUCAAGGGCACGGUCAUCGGCGUCAAGCCAGCGCCCGUGGUGGCCUCCUUCUCGGCGCGGGGCCCCAACGGCCUCGUCCCGGAAAUCCUUAAGCCGGACUUCAUUGCCCCGGGCGUCAACAUCCUCGCGGCAUGGACGGGCGCCACGGGCCCAACCGGUCUGGAAUCCGACCCUCGGCGGACGGAGUUCAACAUCCUGUCGGGCACCUCGAUGGCGUGCCCGCACGCGAGCGGCGCCGCGGCGCUGCUCCGGUCCGCGCACCCCGGGUGGUCGCCGGCGGCGAUACGCUCCGCGCUGAUGACCACGGCCGUCGCCACCGACAACCGCGGCGAGGCCGUGGGCGACGAGGCCGAGCCCGGGCGCGUCGCGACGCCGUUCGACUACGGCGCCGGGCACAUCAACCUGGGGAAGGCGCUGGACCCGGGGCUGGUGUACGACAUCGGGGACGACGACUACGUCGCGUUCAUGUGCAGCAUCGGCUACGAGGCCAACGCGAUCGAGGUGAUCACGCACAAGCCCGUGGCGUGCCCCGCGACGAGCAGGAACCCCUCGGGCUCCGACCUCAACUACCCGUCGAUCUCCGUGGUGUUCUACGGCGGCAACCAGUCCAAGACAGUGAUACGCACGGCGACCAACGUCGGCGCCGCAGCGUCCGCGACGUACAAGCCACGCGUGGAGAUGGCGAGCAGCGCCGUGUCCGUAACCAUCAAGCCGGAAAAGCUCGUCUUCUCCCCGACCGCCAAGACGCAGAGGUUCGCCGUCACAGUGGCCUCGUCGUCGUCGUCUCCCCCCGCAUCCGCGCCGGUGUACGGACACCUCGUCUGGUCCGACGGCGGCGGGCACGACGUGCGGAGCCCCAUCGUGGUGACGUGGCUGCAGUCCAUGUGACUGACGACUGGGGACACCUCACAGCUGGUCCCACGGGCUGGCCAUAAGAUGGCGGUAACCGUUACUCUAGGUCAAAAAGAGGUGGGCCUGUAACGGUUAUUUUUUCGGUCGGGAUGGCAGUGCAGAGCGCAGUAGUCGUCUUUAAUUUUGGUGGGGCCUUGCACUCACCCGAAAUUGAUUAAAGCGCAUGGUGUAAUAGCGCAGCGUACAGUGGCAGUGUGUGUGAGUGACUCGGUGUAUGACAGUGUGACAUAGAGUCAGUAUGAUACGGUCUACUGUACUGUUUUGUACUACUCGUUUGUUUGCUUUCGCGGGCAACGCUACUUGCCAGGAGCAACGGGAAAGAAAGGAGGAAACAAGACAAAAACUAAUCCAGAUAUACUCGCACUAGUAGCACUGUUUCUAUGUGGGAUAUCUGAAUGGGAUUCUAAAUAUAAUCGAGGUUUUUGUCUUUUUUCGCAGCAA